GCGGAUCACGGUGCGGUUGCCCCUCCAAGAAUGCCCCUCCACGAGUCGUCCACGGCGUAUUAGCGGGAGUAGAAAAUAGCACACAGCACAGAGACUAAGCUGUGGACUCCUCUCAGCUGCCUUAUUCAUCUGUUCUUUGAACUGGGGUAAGGCAGAUACAAAAAAAAGAAUAGGCCGAACAGGUGGCCGAGUAACAAAAGCGGUCGUGGUGCCACGUCUCUUGCCCCUCCUCUUUUCGUCUUGUUUUUCGCAAUCCAUCUUCUAACUAACCUUUAACAUUAAUCCUUUCCACGUCAACGCUCAAUUCAUCGUUAAAAUGGCUCCCCACGUCCCCCCUCGCGGUAUCUACGUCCCUGCCGUCAUCUUCUUCAACGAGGAUGAGACCAUCAACUGGGACGCCGUCAAGGCUCACCUUACCCGCCUGGCCAAGGCCAACGUCCACUUCGUCAUCCAGGGCUCCAACGGUGAGGCCAUGCACUUGACUCAUGAGGAGCGUAUCGAGGUCAUCAGGCUGGCCCGCUCUAUCCUCAAUGAGCACGGUCGCAAGGACGCCGUCAUCGUUGCCGGUGGUGGUGCCCAGAGCACCCGCGAGUCCAUCACCCUCUGCAAGGAGGCUCACGAGGCCGGUGCCGACUACGCCUUGGUUCUGAGCCCCAGCUUCUGGGUCCCUGCCAUGCAGAAGCCCGUCCUCUACAAGUUCUUCGAUGACGUUGCUACUGCUUCUCCCAUCCCCAUUGUCCUCUACAACUUCCCCGGUGUCACCUCGGGCAUCGACCUCGACUCCGACCUCAUCACCAACCUCUGCAUCAACAACCCUGGUGUUGUCGGUAUCAAGCUUACCUGCGGCAACAUGGGCAAGCUCCAGCGCCUUGCCUUCCACCCCCAGCUCCAAGGCAAGUUUGCCGCCUUUGCCGGUAAGACCGACUUCAUGCUCCACGGUCUCGUUGGUGGCUCUCACGGUGUUAUUGCCGCCGCUGCCAACCUCUUCCCGAAGUGCCACAACGAGAUGCUUCGCCUCUACGACGAGAACAAGAUUGCCGAGGCCCAGGCCCUGCAGACUCGCUUCUCCCGCGCUGACUGGGCUCUCGUCCAGCUCGGUGUUGCUGGCCUUAAGGCUUCCCUUGACAAGUACUACGGCUACGGUCAGGGCCGCUCUAGACGCCCUCUUGGCUCCAUUGAGACCUCCAAGUUCGACGGUGAGGCUGGUGCUCCCCUCCAGGACCUUGUCGACUUUGAGAACUCUCUGCCCGACCUUUAAAUGGCUGCUUCACGGUCUGCGCUCAAGUGAUAUACAAAAAUUAGACAUUGGAUCGAUUUAGCCCAUUUUAUGUUUUUCGUUCUUUUUUUUUUCCAAUUGUUUAGCAAACCAACCUUAAUAGACUGCAUGUUUGGUUCCCACG